AUGCUGUCGGCUUGUGAUUUAUUUUCACCUAAGUACAACACUGACGCUAAGAGAACAAUGGAGAAUGUCAAGCAAGAGAUUUCUGAACUCCGCAAAGAGGUGACUAAUUUGAAAGCUGGUAUGGAUCACUCAACUGUUUUGGUUGAAAUUUUGGUUGCUGCCCAAGUCAGUCCUUCUAAGAAGGAGGAAGCGAUGAUAAAAGUAUUCAUUGAUUGUCAUUCAAGGAUGUUGGUUUUGAAGUUCAAAUCAAGCACGUGCCGAAGAGUAAACACGAUUGAUGGUCACUUUGAGUUUUGA